UUUGGUGUCAUUUAAGCAUAGAUUCAACAGUAAAGCCAACGCCAGACUCGACAGGACUGAUGUCUCGGCAAACGUGUCCUCAUAUAAGACUAUUGUCUCUAAUUUGGACAAACAUUUUACCAAAUCAUCACUCAAUAAACUCUUUGAUUUCAAUAUCAAUUCAUUUGUAUUUGUUUUAAGUCUUUUGCUGACCGACUGAAGAGAUGAUAGCAAACGUUUGACGGCUCGUGAAAUGUCAUUGUUUUCAACACUUCUGUUGUGGCUAUCAUUGAAUGUGAUUACUGAAUGAUGCAGUAAUAGUGAUAUAUCUGGUAUUUGAUCCAUCGGUGAUCAUUUGAAUGUAAACAUAAACACAUGUAUUAUAAAGUUUUGCUUAUUAUUGCAUAAGAGGGCGGUGUUUGUCAUGUGUUUGCAGUGAAGCAGUCUUUACAGUAAUUGACGAGUGAUUUGUGUUGUUGUCAAACACAUUGCAAUACAAUUCAAUACAAUUCAAUACAAUUCAAUACAUUUCAAUACAAUUCAAUACAAUUCAAUACAAUGCGUGUAUUAAUCGAGUGUUUAAAUACAAUCAUUUAAUUAACACUUGAUUUGACAAUAGUUUUGAUGAUUGUAUUGAAACUUACAGUUAGUUGAAGUGUUUGUCUACUUAAGUGAUAAUUAAUGUAAUGAUCAGUGGUUUUGGUUGUAGUCUUGACUGACAAAUAUGGACAACGACUUGAUUAGAGUUAAGGCCGCCUUCAAUGGUGAAGUGAUGGUCAUCUACAUCAAGGAUGACAUAUAUCUCAACGAUCUAUGCAAUGAAAUGCGAGAGAUUUGUCGCUUUAGUCAACAACAAAACUUUACAAUGAAAUGGGUCGAUGAAGAAGGAGAUCCCUGUGUCAUAUCAUCACAAGCAGAACUCGAAGAGGCCAUACGUUUAUAUGAGUUAAAUAAAGACUCGGAGAUUACAAUCCAUGUAUUUGCAAGUAUACCACAAUAUCCCGGCCUUCCGUGUCCCGGUGAAGACAAAAGUAUUUACCGCAGAGGAGCCCGCAGAUGGAGAAAGCUUUAUAAACUCAAUGGACAUACAUUUCAAGCCAAAAGAUUUAAUAGAAGGGCAUUCUGUGCCUAUUGUGAGGAUCGCAUUUGGGGGUUAGGACGUCAGGGAUUUAAAUGUAUUAAUUGUAAACUAAUGGUACAUAAGAAAUGUCAUAAAUUAUUUAAGCAUCACUGUAGCGGUCAAAUUGAUCAGCACUCGUCUGAAAGCACACCGUCUACUCCCGGACAACAAACCACUCGGAAUGACUCGAAUGGCAUUCAAAUUAUACAUCAAUCAAAUCUGCAUCGGACGGGAACACCGGGUCGAAAGAAACACUCAGCCAGUAGUAUAUUGCCUGUCAUUUCUGUACACAAUGAUAAUGAUAAUCAAGAUAUGAGAUCCGGACAAGAAGUUGAUGCAAAUAAUGACAAUUACAACGCUAGUGAGUCAUCGCAAUAUUCAAUGAAAGAUUUUGAAUUACUUCGUGUUAUUGGUCGCGGCUCUUAUGCCAAAGUAUUAAUGGUUGAACUAAAAAAAACCAGAAGAAUUUAUGCCAUGAAAGUAAUAAAAAAAGAAUUGGUUACCGACGAUGAAGACAUUGAUUGGGUUCAAACCGAAAAACAUGUUUUUGAAACGGCUUCUAAUUAUCCAUUUUUAGUCGGACUUCACUCAUGUUUUCAAACUGCCAGUCGACUAUUUUUUGUGAUUGAGUUUGUCCGCGGCGGUGAUCUUAUGUUUCAUAUGCAACGACAACGACGUUUACCUGAAGAACACGCGCGCUUCUAUGCCGCAGAAAUAUCAUUGGCACUCAAUUUCCUACAUGAGAGAGGAAUUAUCUAUAGAGAUCUAAAACUUGAUAACGUUUUACUUGACCACGAGGGACACGUAAAGCUUACUGAUUACGGAAUGUGUAAAGAGGGAAUUAGACAGGGAGAUACAACCAGUACGUUUUGUGGAACUCCUAAUUAUAUUGCACCUGAAAUACUUCGAGGAGAAGAUUAUGGUUUUGAACCUGACUGGUGGGCACUGGGCGUUUUAUUAUAUGAGAUGCUUGCGGGUCGAUCUCCAUUUGAUAUUGUGGGCGCCACCGAUAAUCCUGACCAAAACACGGAAGACUUUUUGUUUCAAGUUAUUCUUGAGAAGACUAUACGUAUUCCCCGAUCUAUUUCAGUUAAGGCACAAUCUGUACUCAAAGGGUUUCUUAAUAAGAAUCCAAGUGAACGAUUAGGAUGUCAUCCGGAAACGGGAUUUCAAGAUAUUACGAGUCAUCCAUUUUUCCGAACUAUUGAUUGGGAAGCGUUGGAAGCUAAACAAGUAACACCACCUUAUAAACCUAAAUUAGAAACUGAUCGGGACUUAGAGCACUUUGAUCCGCAAUUCACUAAUGAACCGGUUCAGCUCACACCUGAUGACCCGAAAACCAUUGAGAAGAUCGAUCAAUCAGAGUUCGAGGGUUUUGAAUACGUAAAUCCACUUUUAAUGUCACUCGAAGACAAUGUAUAAUUAAACCAAAUU